GGUGGCGCGGGCGCGCGGCCGAACGCUAGCGCCAGGGGGCGGGGUGGGGGAGGGGGCUAGUCCUUCGAGAGCCGGGUUGGGCUCGCGGCGCCACGAUUGGUCGGUCCUGACUCCGCCUUUAGCGCAUCUCAUUAGCAUCUCAUUAGCUGUCCGCUCGGGCUCGGGAGGCAGCCACCGCCGCCAGUCUGAGGCAGGUGCCCGACAUGGCGAGUGCUGUGCUGCCGAGCGGAUCCCAGUGUGCGGCGGCAGCGGCUGUGGCGGCGGCGGCAGCGCCUCCCGGGCUCCGGCUCCGGCUCCUGCUGUUGCUCCUCUCGGCCGCGGCACUGAUCCCCACAGGUGAUGGACAGAAUCUGUUUACUAAAGACGUGACAGUGAUCGAGGGAGAAGUUGCAACCAUCAGCUGCCAAGUCAAUAAGAGUGACGACUCCGUGAUUCAACUGCUGAACCCCAACAGGCAGACCAUUUACUUCAAGGACUUCAGGCCUUUGAAGGACAGCAGGUUUCAGCUGCUCAAUUUUUCUAGCAGUGAACUCAAAGUGUCACUGACAAACGUCUCAAUUUCGGAUGAAGGGAGAUACUUCUGCCAACUCUACACUGACCCCCCACAGGAGAGUUACACCACCAUCACAGUCCUGGUCCCACCACGUAACUUGAUGAUCGACAUCCAGAAAGACACGGCCGUUGAAGGGGAGGAGAUUGAAGUCAACUGCACUGCCAUGGCCAGCAAGCCAGCCACCACCAUCAGAUGGUUCAAAGGGAACAAGGAACUGAAAGGCAAAUCGGAGGUGGAAGAGUGGUCGGACAUGUACACUGUGACCAGUCAGCUGAUGCUGAAGGUGCACAAAGAGGAUGAUGGGGUCCCAGUGAUCUGUCAGGUGGAGCACCCUGCAGUCACUGGAAACCUGCAGACCCAGCGCUAUCUAGAAGUGCAGUAUAAGCCGCAAGUGCAUAUCCAGAUGACUUACCCUCUACAAGGCCUGACCCGGGAAGGGGAUGCGCUUGAGUUGACGUGUGAAGCCAUCGGGAAACCCCAGCCUGUGAUGGUAACUUGGGUGAGAGUCGAUGACGAAAUGCCUCAACAUGCCGUACUGUCCGGGCCAAACCUGUUCAUCAAUAACCUAAACAAAACAGAUAACGGUACUUACCGUUGUGAGGCUUCUAACACAGUGGGGAAAGCUCACUCGGACUACAUGCUGUAUGUAUACGAUCCCCCCACAACUAUCCCUCCUCCCACAACAACCACCACCACUACCACCACCACCACCACCAUCCUUACCAUCAUCACAGACACCACGGCGACGACAGAACCAGCAGUUCACGGCCUUACUCAGUUGCCCAAUUCCGCAGAAGAACUGGACAGUGAGGACCUCUCAGACUCUCGAGCAGGUGAAGAGGGCGCCAUUGGGGCAGUGGACCACGCGGUGAUCGGCGGCGUUGUAGCUGUGGUCGUGUUUGCCAUGCUUUGCUUGCUCAUCAUUCUGGGCCGCUAUUUUGCCAGACAUAAAGGUACAUACUUCACUCAUGAAGCCAAAGGAGCCGAUGACGCAGCAGACGCAGACACAGCUAUAAUCAAUGCAGAAGGAGGACAGAACAACUCGGAAGAAAAGAAAGAGUACUUCAUCUAGAGCAGCCUUUUUGUCCCAAUGAGGUGUCCAACGGGCCCGUUUAGAUGAUAAAGAGACAGUGGUACUGGAACUUGCAAGAAGCUCGUGUGUUUUUUAUGAGUGGGUGGAAAGAUGCGAGACUGGGAAGGCUUGGGAUUUGCUAUGUAAAAACAAAAAGAAAAAAAAUGUUCUUUGAAAAGUACGCUCCGCUGUUUGACACCUCUUUUUAUCUGGUUUUAAUUUGGUUUGGGUUUUGGUUUUUUAAUUUUUAUUUCUUCCUACCAAGUCAAACUUGGGUUUUGGUAGAUUGCAGAAAAUUCUGUGCCUUGUUUUUCAUUUGUUUGUCGUGUUUCUUUCCCCUUUUCCUUUUUAUGCAUUUAUUUUUCCCAAAAUCAGUUUUUUUCCCUCCCGAACCUCCCCUUUUUUGGAAUUGACCUGCUGGGAUUCCUAAGACUUUCCCCCAUUGUUGUCGAUUUCUGCUUUCAUUUGUUUUUGUGUUGACGGUGACUGCUUUCUGUUCCAAAUUCAGUUGCAUAAAAGGAAAACCAGCACAGUUUAGAUUUCAUAGUUCAGAAUUUAGUGUCUCCAUGAUGCAUUCUUCUCUGUUGUCGUAAAGAUUUGGGUGAAAAAAAAAAGAAAAAAAAAAAAAAGAAAAAAACAGUGAAAACUCUUUGCUGCUGCCCAUGUUUCAAUACUUAGAGCAGCGAAGACUAGAAAAGUAGACUGUGACUCCGAAACUGUUGUUUGCUGUGGAUCUUCAUUACUGUACAGGGUUAUCUGCAAGUGAGGUGUGUCGCAAUGAGAUUGAAUCUGUCUUUAAUUCUGUAUCUGUAGGCGGCUCAGUAUAGAUUACCCCACGCUGUGCAGAAAGGUUUGGGGUGGAAAGUCUCCUCCUUCCUCGUUGCCCUAAAUAGACCCAAUAGGUGAGGUCUGUCCAUUUGAUGUCAGUGGACAAAUUUGAGUUGCCCCAGGAGGGAAAGCAGGAAGGGGAUAAAGCAGUCCUGCUCUGGUUGUUUCUACUCCAAACAACUCCAUCCACCUUUCCCAAUUGGCCUUACUGCUCAGUGAUGUGCAGGAGAGAGCAAGUCCGUGUGUUGUGUGAGUGACGGAAGGGGGCAGGUUUUUGUUUGGGGUUUUUGUUUGUUUUUGUUUUUGUUUCUGUUUUCCUUUGUGCUUACUUAAGAGGGCAGUAGGAUGUGGCCUGCAUGUACUGUAUAUUACAGACACUGUCCUGCUGGGACUCUCGUCCUGCUGGGGCUUCCAACUCCAAUCCCUGCGCAGCUCUCAUUCCUUCAGAUUUGGCUAGACAAAGGCAGGAGGUACAAAAGAAGGGCCGACAUUGUUCUCGAAAGGUCAGAGCCUAGGUGGAGAAGCAGCCUGUAGAGACUUUCAGUUACUUAAUCAAAACUCAAAUGUGAGUGUUUUUAUCUUUCUACCUUUCCUACACUAGCCUUGGCCUCUUUCCUCAGCCUUAAGAACCAUCUGCCAAAAAUUCCUCAUCUCGCAUGAUGGCAGCCAUAGCGCACAGCUACUAAACUAAGUUACCUUGAACAUAUCUCAGACUGGAGCCUGGGGGACCGUAGAGGGUCCAGUUACCGUUUGCAUUCUUUAGAGCUAAGUAGGGCUUUGUCGCUGAUGUGUUGAGGAAAUCCAGAAGUAGUUCUGAAGGAUGAAAACCUAAACUCUUACCCUAUGUGUUGGUAGGCUCCAGACUCCAAAUAACAGUCCCUUAUGGAAAGGUGGCAUCAGAAAAGAUAGAUCUAUCUAUAUAUAUAAAUAUAUAAAUAUAUAUUAUAUAACAUUUUCAGUCAGUACUUUUGGAUUUUGCAAGGUGCAUUUUUACUAUUGUUACAUUAUGUGGGAAACUUACGCUGAUUUAUUUAAGGGGAAAAAGUGUCGACUCUGUUAUUUGAAAGCAUAUUUCUUUUUCUUGUCUUUAUUUUCACUUCUGAUAGAAUCAUUGCAAUAUGGGGGCCUUUUGGGAACGGACUGGUAUGUAAAGGAAAAUUCAUUAUUGAGCAGUGUUUUGUUGACCCCCCUCUCCUGUCCCUAGGCACUUAACCAAGACAAAAAGCCACAAGGAACAUCCCUUUUUCAAGAAUUUUAUAAUGUGCAUCUAUUCCGAGCCCUUAGCACCCAUCCUGAACAUAGUGUGACCAUAUCAAAGGGUGAGAACCAGUUAGCAUGUCGUUGAAAGGAUUUUUCAGCUGUUCUUUUUAGAAAAAAAAAUACAAAAAAAAAAAAUAUAAAAAAACAAAAAACCAACAAACAAACAAAAAAAAACUACCAUUGUUCACAGAAUUGGCAUCUCAUUUUCGGGACCGCCCAUCUUUCUGUUUUGACAAGUGUACAGUAGUGCAGCGUUCUGAUGUAACUUGAUGACUUACAAUGUUGACAUGUCUCAGGUUCCUGUGUUUUGAUUGGUGUUUUUCCGUCUCAGGUAGAUUGCAAAGUGUAGGCCCCACACAUUGGAAAAAAAAUAAUAAAUAAUAAUUAUAAUUAUAAUAAAACAAAGCAAAAACAGGAAAUUACGGAUUUUAGUUGUAUAUUGGUUUACGUAUUUUUCUUAAGUAUACAGUGCACUGUUUGAAAUGUAUUGUUGAGUAUUACUUUGUACAGGUUGAUCACUUUUUUUAGAGUGAAGAAAGAACAAACUUGGUUUUUCGUGUUUUUUUUUUAAGGAAUAUAAAAUAAUGAAGGAUGUAUAAUUGAUGCCAAAUAAGCUUGUUCUUUAGUCACGAGGACGUCUUGUUUUUCCCUCUAGGCCAGUUCUGUUUCUAAGGUGUACAAGGACCAUGUUACAGUGUAAGAAACUCCACAUCCGUGUGUUCCCAUUCGCAUUUUGUAUCGGUUCAUGUAUACCAUUUUUACAAAAAGAAAAAAGAAAAAAAAAGAAGUACUAUAAAAUAUCUGUCUUCUUAAUAAAAAAAAUUAAUGUUACAAGUGAUCCUUCAAAUCUCUUUCUGGAUUCUUACAACACCCGGCCUCUGGUCCCAGCUUCCUCUCCUAGGACCUUGUGUGGGGGCCCAGAACCCUGGCAGUAGGUGGCUGGGAAGUAGCUGCCAGCUGGGUUUGUCUCCCUUGUCUAUUCAUCCUUGUCCUGUCCUCUUCUCCCCUCACAGUAGACAGGGCCUGAGUCCGGUGCUUGGCCGAAGGAGUCACUCCAGUGGGCGCGGCGAUUUGUGCAGGUGUACAUGCGGCUGCCGGGGACGGCAUCUCCCAUGGACGUGUCCACCACUGCCCUCCCCGCUCUCACCCACCGACUUCCCUGUGUUGCCUGCUCCACCAUCUCUUUCUUUGGGGUUCCUUGUCCUAACAAUUCAUACUGCCUUCUUCCUUUUAAAACUCUCUCUCCUUGCACAAAAAUGAAGAGGUGAGCUGCUGAGGGCUAACAGUCUGGCUGCCUGCGGGUUGUUCUCACUUACCAUUUAGGUUUUGGAGACUUCCGGGCCCAGGUGGACUGUGAGAUUCAGCAGCAUGGUAUCAACGUCCUUGCCUUGCAGGCGAAGGUAGCAAGGACCACACUUGAGCAGAAGUCUGACCACCCCAAAGUGCCCUUUCUCACCUUCCCCCACCUCUCCUUGGGUCCCCCUCUGUCUCGGUGAGGUAACCAGGAAGAUUUGGCAGGGAGAGACAAGGUAAGCUCCAGAAAAGACUUCAGUUUCUUCCAUCGUGGUCUGUCUGUCCCUGAGCAAAACAGCACCCACAGAAGCAAUUUUGCAGUCAUUGCGUGUCUGGACGUGGACAUUGUGGGGGACACAGAAAGUGUACAUGGUCACUAGAGGCUGACUAAGGUGCCAGUUCCACCAGUGAAGUGACCUCACUUGUGAGUGCCACGCCCCAUGUAAUGGUGGCAGAAGCUGGCUGGAGGUGGGGGACGAGCAGAGGCUGGCAAGUCAGCUCAAUGUGAAGAGCUGGGAGCUUGGCCGGGUUUCUAAGGACAUGAGAGAAGAAAAUGGAGUCAGCUGCAGGGGGCAAUGAAUGAACCUAGCCAGCAGGCAGACGGGAGGAGGAAGGUGCUCUGUGAAUGGGAUCCAUCUUGUGGCGGUCCUCAGAGUCUAGGCGGAAGCUUUGGGCGUUCACUGGCCUCUCCCAACUUCUGCCAAAAGGAAAAAAAAAAAAAA